GGGCGUGCGGGGCGCAGCAUGACUGCCAUCGGCGUGCAGGCACAAAGGAUGUUGGUGCCCAGGAGGCCACGCUGGACCUUCUUUGAAUCCUUCAUCAGGACACUCAUCAUUUUGUGUGCCGCUUUGGCAGUCGUCCUCUCCUCGGUGUCCAUCUGUGAUGGACACUGGCUCCUGGCUGAAGGAAACCUCUUUGGGCUGUGGCAGUUCUGUACCAUUCACGGCCAGGCUGGACCUCACUGCCUCAGAGACCUAAGCCAGGUUCAGGUGCCUGGGCUGGCUGUGGGCAUGGUCCUCAUUCGCAGUGUGGAUACCUUGGCCGUAGUGACGGCCAUUUUUGGCUUGGGCUUCCUCAUGGUGUCGCAGGUGUGUGAGGAACUACAUGUGCGGCACAAGUGGGCCCUGGGCUCCGCCCUCCUCCUCGUCUCCUUCAUCCUCUCCUUCGUCGGCCUUCUGAGUUUUGUAGUCCUCCUCAGAAAUCAAGUCACCCUCUUUGGCUUCACUCUGAUGUUCUGGUGUGAGUUCACAGCCUCCUUCCUCUUCUUCCUGAACGCCAUCAGUGGCCUUCACAUCAACAGCAUCACCCAGCCGUGGGGCCAGCUAAGGAAAUUUUAGCCAUCCUCACUCCUCAUGCUUGCUCUGAGGACUUGAGCUUCUACAGGAAAGUGUCAACGAGAUUAGGACUUUUCUAAAAUGUGACCACUAAUGGGACCAUGGAUGGAAUAGAGACAUGGAAACUGCUGCCUUAAACACCUUUCUGGUGGCCAGGCAAGGAUGAUGGCUCAGGAGCUUUUGCAGAUUGUGCUGGGUCUGAUGCCCAAAGGGGUCUCAGUGCCACCAAUAGCACAGGUCAAACCAAGCUGUUUAGAAGAAAAGCUAUCUAAUACUUUUUUUUUCGACUCCUUCCUCCAGCAAUUCUAUUAACUCAUGAGAAGGCCACAGUGGCACCCAGUGCAGCUCACAUCUGGCUUUAUUCGCAAGUGUAGGUCAGGCUGUGAUGCUUCUGGGGUUUUAGGAGUGAGUCAUUCUUCCAGCUGGGUGGCUAAACAGUGCCUCUGACUUCCCACUCCUAGCUCUAGAAACCUCAAUUUAUUUCCCCUGUGUCAGCUUUGGUCGCAGAGAGGGAGAGUUAGGAAUAUAUAAAAAAAAUUCUCACACAGUAGGUUUUUAAAGCCAUUUAACCUGCUUUAGGGAGGAACCCCAUAUUCCCUAGAUAACCCAUUACACAUGGGGGUGGGGAGUGUACAUGGACAUGCAAGUAUGUGUUCACACCUCUUUGGUUAGGGUCCAACGAUCUCAGGGUACCACGUUUGAUUCCUAGAACACGUUUCAAAGAGCAUGUUUCUGAACUGCUGGACUCCCAACUGAGAGUGGAAAGGGGACUGGCCAGAUAAUAAGUAAUGAUUAACCACCACCCCAGGGAUGAGUGCAGGUGAAGGGGACCCGGAACUAGUGGAGAUUUCCAUUCUUCCUCACAGAUUUCCUUGUACAUCAAAAUGUUUUUGUGUAUCCCUUGCUCUGCUCAGUAGAGGAAAAUUUUGCCCUCAGCCAAUGUCAUUCUAUUCUAGCCCCUUUCCCACAGGUGAAUUCUGAUCUUGCCUCAUUUGUUUUGGCCACUACUGAUUGCUUGAAGCUUUGGUCUUUGUCCCUUGUUACUAUUGGAUACUUGACUGGA